UUAUUAUAAAUUCUCAACCUCAACAACAGAUGGCGGUACGAGUCUAUCGAGUCAUUUUCCUGUCAUUUCCACCCAAGGAAGAAGAAGAAGAAGAACGUAGCUUCCGGCCAAACAGUAAACACAUGUGGCAGCGAUAGUUUUACACUUUAGGUGUUCCAGCAAUGACGCGAUGGGCCAGAGCCAACAACGUCCACAAACACAAACCUGCUGAGGCAACACCCUGGAGCCAGCUUAGAACCAGAGGGGGAGGAGUAGGGAGGGGUCGUCCAGGCCCUUUUGGAGGUUCAGGAGGUGCUAGCUCUAGCCAUGGUCCUGGGGGUUGGGGAAGAGGUAGGGGAGGAGGGGGAGACCCUCUGAGGCGAACGCAGCUCGGCGAUGCUGGGAUUAAGAAGCCCUGUCGGAAGAAGAAAGACUACGACAAUGAGGAUGUGAACGGCUUCAUGGAAUACCUUCAGAGUGGCGGGGCUGGGAUCCAGGGAGGUGGAGGGGCAGGGAUGGGGGGACUCAGGGAAGAGGUAGAGACAGCCCUGAAGAAAGACAGGAGGAGAGAGGACAGGAGGAUUAAGAGACAGGAUGACAAGAAGAGCAGCAUGGUGUGUUUUAACUGUAGGAAGCCUGGCCACGGGUUGGCUGACUGUCCGGAGGCGGACCGAGACGAGGAGAUGGGAAGGGAAAUCUGCUACCGCUGUGGAUCCACAGAACAUGAGAUCCAACGCUGCCGUGCUAAAAUAGAUCCUGCUCUAGGGGAAUACCCGUAUGCCAAGUGUUUUAUCUGUAGUAAGACUGGCCACCUGUCCAGGUCCUGCCCAGAUAACCCCAAAGGACUGUACGCUGCAGGAGGUUGUUGCCGUGUCUGUGGUUCAGUAGAGCACUUCCAGAAGGAUUGUCCUGAGCACCAGGCCGCGUCUAACCAAGUGACCUUGGGCUGGCUGUCCAAUAACAUGAGUGCCGACCACGAGGAAGUGCAUGUGCCUGUGAAGAAAGCCCCGCCCAAACGGGCCAAGGUAGUGGUCUUCUGACCUGCCAAUCCACGCAGAGGACUCGCCAGAUUGGACAGGACUGACAUCGACACAUCCCAAGUCCUGAAGUCCACGAAGGGCGUUCGUUCUGUCACCGUUCUCACUCUCUCUCUCUCUGAGCUUUGACAAACAACAUCCAUAGUCAGGGAAAAUGGAGAGCUGCUCUUGACUGCCGUAUUGGAAAGCGCCCUCUGUGGUCUCACACCCUGGACUCUGUGUAUAGGACUGGAAGUGAUUUGUAUGGAUGGGACGAGACUGGGGCCUGUAGUGUAUGCUAGCUAGCGGGUCGCUCCUGUAUCUAAAGAUGUGUUUUUAUAUCUCGGUAGCCAUCUAUCCCGUGUGUCUCAUGUUUGGUGGUGUGUUCUCUCAUCUAUCCCCGGGUGUCUGAGAAACAAAAAGGUUCAAAAUAUAGGUUUUUAUUUGCACUUCACAGAAUUUGUUUUGUCAUCAAGUAUCAUUAUUACUGCACGUUCACGCACAUCAACAUCUGAAAUAUUUCUUGCAAAAUUCAAUAAAUUAGACUGAUAUUA